CUUAUCUGUCUCUAUAGAAUUUCAGUCUUCACGCCUCUCCACCGGGGAAGUGAAAGACAGGAAGGAGGGGUUGGACGGUUGGUGGCGGCUGCCGUCGGAGCUCUGCUGCAGAAGACGACGGUGGAGAGUAAAGGUACUUUUUGACUGUAAGUAGCGAUCAAUCGAAAAACAAAACCCUUUCUGUCUCCUUCUUCUUCUUCUUCUGGUUCUGGAAUCGACUACGCUAGUGAUCAAUUUACCUCCUCGGCCAAGUUUUGUGUCAAAGAAGUGAAAAAAGAAAGGAAACAUAAAGGAGAUGAAUGGUUUCAAGGCCUUCAAAGCCCAAGUCCCAAUCGCAUGGAGUCCUCGGCUAUUCAUAACUCUGGUGAGAGGGAUUCCCGGGACCAGGAGACUCCAUAGGCGCACCCUGGAGGCAUUGAAUCUCACUAAGUGCAACCGAACUGUAACACGGGCCAAUUGUUCUUCCAUUAGAGGAAUGCUCAACCAGGUAAAGAGGCUGAUUGUGAUUGAAACCGAGGAGAUGUACAAUGCUCGUAAGCAGAAUCUCGCUAACCACAAAGCUGUUCGCCCUCCGGUGGUUGUCGGGCACUCCCCUUCAAUCGCUGCAAGUAGCUCUUCUUCAUAGACCCUUUUGUAUCACGUUCUUGCAAUGACGGCAUGGGUUGUUGCUUAGUCCUCUUCCAAAGUUGUACCAGCUAUGCAAAU